CUUAUCGUCAAAGAAAGUGUCUGCACUCCCUCCCUCCCCACAUCAUCGAUGGAGUCAAGUGCCCGAAACCAUCUCAACCUCCUCUUCCUCCUCCUCCUCUUCUUUCUGCGGCGCGUCGCCGCCGCAUCGUCCCCCCCUCUCUUCCCCAAACAAGCCCAUCCCACCAAAUCAGGCUACCUCCCGGUCAACUCCACUAGCGGCUCUGCCAUUUUCUACACUUUCUACGAAGCUCAGAACCUCACAACCGACGUUUCCAAAGUCCCCCUCCUCAUAUGGCUCCAGGGCGGCCCCGGCUGCUCCUCCAUGCUCGCCAACUUUUACGAGCUCGGUCCAUGGCGCGUGAAUUUCAACAAACACCCUUCCGAUCCCCUCGCUCUGGAACCCAAUUCUGCCACCUGGAACAGAAUCUUCGGCCUGAUAUUCCUUGACAACCCGAUUGGUACCGGAUUUAGCAUCGCUGCGAACUCCGCAGAGAUCCCGAGGGACCAGCACUCCGUCGCGAUACACCUCUUUGCCGCGAUCACCAAGUUCAUUGAGCUCGACCCGGCCUUCAAAACCCGACCCAUGUACAUAACCGGCGAGAGCUAUGCCGGGAAGUAUGUUCCGGCGAUCGGACACUAUAUUUUGAAAAGAAACGCUGAGUUGCCAGCUGGGUCUAAAGGGGUGAACUUGCAGGGCGUUGCGAUCGGAGACGGUCUCACAGACCCCAUAAUUCAGGUGAACACUCACGCUGUCAACGCUUUCUACAGUGGUUUGAUCAAUGAGAAACAGAGGAGGCAGCUGGAGAAGCUGCAAUUGGAGGCGGUAGGGUUCACGGCGGCGAUGAACUGGAGCGCGGCUGCGGAUGCGAGAAACAGAGUGUUGGAUACGCUGCAGGACAUGACGGGGCUAGCCACAUUAUACGACUACACGAAGAAUGAGCCUUAUAAGAUGAGUUUGGUGGAUGAAUUGCUGAGCUUCGAGGCGGUGAAGGUGGCGCUGGGGGCCAAAGGGGAGGCGCCUUUCGAAUCGUGCAGUGAUUUUGUAGGGGGCAUAUUGCGCGAGGACGUGAUGAAGAGCGUGAAGUACAUGGUGGAGUAUCUGCUGAAGGAGAGUAAGGUGUUGCUGUACCAGGGGCAGUACGAUUUGAGGGACGGCAUCGUUUCAACGGAGGCGUGGAUGAAGACGAUGAAGUGGGAGGGGAUUGGGAAGUUUAUGGCGGCGGACCGGAAGGUUUGGAAGGUGAGGGGAGAGGUUGCUGGGUAUGUGCAGAAGUGGGGGAGCUUGAGCCAUGUUGUGGUUUCCGGGGCAGGGCAUCUUUUGCCGGCGGACCAGCCGUUGAGGGCGCAGGUGAUGAUAGAAGACUGGGUUUUGGACAAGGGGGUGUUUAAGCCAUGCUGUGGUUUAAGGGGCAGGGCAUCUUGUACCUGCUGAACCUUUGAGUUCUCAGGCAAUGUGUGACAUUCUUGGUUUCUUAAUGGGUGAUAUUAUUGUGAAGUUUAAUUUUCGUGGUUAUUGUAUUUUGGGUGAUAAUUUUGUAUAUUAAGCUUGAUUAAUAAUGUGUCUUUGGAUUUGUUCACCGUCA